AUGGCGCUCCCCUUCACCACCUCCCAAGACCCCGACAGCAUCAAUGGCAGACUUAGGCGCCUCAUGUCCCGGAAAAGGGUCCGAAGCAAGAAGGAAGACAAGAGAAGGGCAGUAGAGUCGCCGGUACCAACUACCCCCAUCGUGGCUCUCGCCAAAAGAUAUGAUCCCUGCUCUUUCCGGACCCGACUCGCCGACUCAGGACUCGCUCCCGAGCUUGGUCAAUUUAUGGCCAACCAUCUGGUAGCAACAACAACAACAACAACAACAACCCCCAAGGCAUCCAACGGAUGUGUGGCGGUUGAGCGAUCCCUGGGAAGGCCUGGCGAAGUACCGCCCACACCCCUCCGCGCUACUAUGAGAGUCAGUUCGCGGACGCUACGGUCCCGCAAGCGAAGCCGACAAGAAGACGAUGACGGGUACACACCGUCCGCGUCUACCAAGAUCAUCACGGUACCCAGCAGCAUCUUGAUAGUUCCCUCAGACGAAGAUGGCAGCGACAGUUUGGCGCCAACACCCCUCUCCCCUGGCUUUGACUUGGUCGACAUUGCCUUUUCGACCGUGGAAGAGUUCGAGGACACGGAAAUGGUUUCUUGGAACGAUCGGCGACGGGAUAGCGGGCCCAUCAACUUCGACGCCAACAUGUCGACAAUGCGCAUGCCCUUUUCCUAUCAGCACCCACGAGGGACAAGGAGAAGUGUGGUAGACAUGGUGGUGACCACCGACUCAGCAGGAUUCGCGUCAGAUGAGUGGUCUGUCAUUGCAGACGCAUCCAUGAUCCCAACCUUCGGACCGAGCGAUGUCAUGAAGCAACCGAUUCAUCAGGCCAUCGUUAGGAGUUUUGUCUCUAGGUGCAGGGCAGCCAAGCGGAGAAUGAUGACUUCUCGACGGCACGUAUCAUGUCGACACAGCUCGACGGACAUGACUGCUGGCCAGCGUGCCUCGAUUGGUGCGGUACACUGA